AUGCCUCAAAAACCACUUAAAGUCACCAAGAAGGUCAAAAACCCACGUAGGGUUACGAAGAAGCAGAAGAAUCUAAGAAAAGCUGCCCCACUACAAUUGAAAUCAAAAAAGAAAUCUCUACAACAUUUAAAGAAACUGAAGAAGAGCUCUUCUCUCACCGAGACCACUGAAAGAUUAGUUGCAAGUAAAGUCGGGCACUUGGAGUUGUUAAGAGGUACUAGAAAAGAAUUGGAAAAAGGUAAGAAGGCCUCUAAAUAA